AUGUGGUCUUGGAAACUUAAUUGGAUGGAAGCACUUGAUGAUGCAGAUAUUGAAUCCCUCAAUGAAUUGUAUCAAUUGCUUGAACAAGUUCGGCCUAACAGAGCUUCUAGCGACAGGCGAAGAUGGUCAUCAAAUUCUGAUGGUUCUUUUUCGGUUCGAUCAACGUACAUGGUUUUGCAGGACAAACGUGUAGGUACUACUCUUGAUACAAAUACAGUGGCAGCAUUGAAAAGAUUAUGGAAGAACAAUGUUCCAUCAAAAGUUAGCGUUUUCGGUUGGCGGUUGUUACUUGAAAAAUUACCAACCCGGGAGGCUUUAUUUUGCAAAGAGCUAGUUGAAGGUGGAGCCGUUCAUCUUGAAGACGGAAAGCUUGAAGGUUCAAGGGCAAUAAAAUCUGUUGGUAUUCUAUUGAGAUUUCUUACUACUUUUAAAAUGUCUAUUGGUAUUCAAAAGUCUAGAGAAUUUGAUGGAUGCUUCUUUGGGAUGGAUUUUGAUGGACUUUUUAGUUGA